UUUGUUGAGCGGCAUUCUCAUUUGGGAUGAAGAGAAAGCUGGUAGGGGGACCUCAAACUUGGCCGAGAAGGAAAGCGAGAGCAUUGUUCCGAGGAGCAGAUAAGGAUUAGGCAGCGAUGCUGCUUUAACUCGUCUGAUGUCAGCUGAAAGAAAACAUCUUUUUAAAAGGGAGAGCUUAACGGAGCAGAAACCUUGAAGGAUUCCACUUCCAGAAACAUGACCUCUGGACUGUAUCCAGGACCUCUGCUGAUGCUGCUCUGUCUCCUCCACGUCUCUGAGGAGACCUGCCCCUCCGUUUGCCUUUGUAUAUCUGACACAGUGAGCUGUAGCUCCAGCGGUCUGGCCAAGCUCCCUCGGUCCCUGCCCUCUUUCUCCGUCACCCUCGACCUCAGCCACAACCAUCUGUCCUGGCUGGGUCCGGGCAGCUUCAAAAAAAUGCCUCGACUGGAGAACCUCCGAAUGGCCCACAAUCAGCUGACUGUCCUGGGCCAUGGGGUGUUUCACAACGCCUCUGGCCUCCGGCACAUUGACCUCUCCUCCAACAAGCUGCAGGUGGUGGAGCAGCACUACUUCGAGGGGCUGUGGAGGCUGGAGGAACUCCUGCUCUUCAAUAAUAAAAUCACUCAGGUGGAGGCCAGCACACUGAAUGGUCUGAGCAGCUUAAAGAAGGUCUACUUCAGCGUAAACCAGAUCACACACUUCCCGUUCUUCUCCAUCCAAGACCACACUCAUCCCUUCCUGACCAUGCUGGACCUCUCGUCCAACCGGAUGAGCCGUUUGCCCUGGGAGGAUGUGAAAGCUUUGCCCGGGCUGGUGCAGCGCGGGCUUUAUCUCCACAACAACUCUCUGAUCUGUGACUGCUCCAUGUACAGUGUGUUCUGGCACUGGAAUCUGAGGGCUUAUGACUCACUGAGGGACUUUACGGAUGAGCACACCUGCUCCAUCUACGGGGACCAACGAGCGACUAUCCAGUUCCUGCAACACAACCGCUUCUUCCACAACUGCACCGUGGAGAAGGCCGUCUCGCAGCCCGUGAUCGUGCUCCUCUCCCAUGUGUUGGUUUCGGAUGGGGACAGGGUGCGUCUAGACUGCCAAACAUCCCUGGAUAGAGAUAGUACAAACCUCUCAUUUACAUGGCUGUCCCCCAGCAAGGGGUACAUCACCCAGACCAGCAUAAAUGACACGCUAAUUAGCCUGUUUCCUAAUGGGACCUUGGAGAUCCAAGCAGCCAAGGUCAAUGACUCAGGACUGUACGUGUGCACAGCUGUGGAUAUUAAACAGGAACUGAAUGCAACACGUGAGGUGAAUGUUACGGUGCGGCUGCCUGCGGGAGAGACAUUCAACACUGGCUACACAACACUGCUGGGCUGUGUGGUGACCAUGUUCUUCAUCCUGAUAUACCUCUACCUGACUCCAUGUCGCUGCAGCUGCUGUAAACAGCCCAAACCUCCAGUAAUCCCAAUCGUAACCUAUGACCCCUGCAACCUAUCAUCUGUUUUCUCCCACUCCGCAGGAGACCAUUCCAAAAACCAAACUAAUAAGCAUGUAGCGUUCUUGGAGCCGAUGCUAAGUGAAGAAGGAACAGAAUGGCCACCAGAGAGCUGAUUCUGAACAGGGUAGUUGUUCUUGCCAAUUAAUUUUUAGAGGAGGAGAGAGAAGACUUUGGGACAAUCCUCAGGAAUUAGUGUUGAGAUGUUAUAAGAACUGAAUGUUAAUACAGUGAAGAAAAGAAAGAAAUAUCUCCUGUUCCAAUUCUGCUCUUUUCUGUCAUCGAGCUCGGAAGACGAAAUGAAAGUUUCAACUUUGCUUUAUUACCCUCAGUGAACUGACACCGCUAAAUCAGAGGGGAGCCAUUAUCAGCCCUAAAAAUCUGUUAAUAACUUCUGUGAGCUCAGGUACAGUGGGGCGGGGAUGUAUUUCUCGCGGGAUCACUGGAGGAAUCUGGCUCAUUUUUCACAGAAAUUGUUUAACAAGGAUUAAAAGCUUCGGAAAAUGCAUUAAGGUUUUGACUGUAAUGGACCGGAAGAAGUAAGUUCAGUCGAUUUAUCUUGGAGGACUUUGGGUGCUGUCUAAUUAGUUGCACCGCAUUAGACCAUAUCUCAAAACAUAUAUACUGCUUUAACAUUGUAGGAAACUCCUGAAAACAUUUCUUCCCUGUUUUCCUAAUAAAGUGAUCAGUCCCCUAAAAUCA